GUAGGAACUCUCAGAAGUCUCAAGAGUCGGGAUAAGCUUGCAUUUUCAGCUGCAACUCAAUUAAUAAUUAAUAGAUCAGGCUUCUCAGUUGGAUCAGCUUUUCUUCUGUUCUUGUUGUCUAUAUAUACAUAGAGAGAGAUCCCGAAAGCUUUACUGGAGUUACGGUUAUUGUGUUUUUGAGGCUGGUUUUUUUGGGGGAUCGAAAUGGCGGAUGAGAUUGACGGAUUGGGGUUUGAGCAGCAGCACGGGAAGUCGAAGGUUAGGGUUGGGAGGGUCUGGAGGAAGGAAGAUGGGCGUCAUUUCUUCGUUGAGUGGAAUGUCAACAUAAGCCUCCUCUCCGAUUGCAUGCCUGCGUAUGUUCGCGGAGACAAUUCUGAUAUCGUCGCCACCGAUACCAUGAAGAACACAGUAUAUGUCAAAGCAAAGGAAUGUAUGGAAGUUCUUUCUGUGGAAGAUUUUGCAAUUGAACUUGGGCAGCACUUCACAUCAUUUUAUCAGCAGGUAACAACUGCUAUAAUCAAAAUAGUUGAAAAGCCAUGGGAACGCGUAUAUAUUGAUGGUCAACCACAUGAACAUGGGUUUAAACUUGGAUCUGAAAGACAUACAACUGAAGUUACAGUAAAGAAGUCUGGUGCUUUACGAGUGACUUCCGGAAUUGAAGGAUUGGCGGUACUAAAAACAACCAAGUCAGGUUUUGAAGGAUUUGUUAGGGACAAAUACACAACUCUUCCAGAAUCAAAUGAGAGAAUGCUGGCAACAGAAGUCRGUGCUUUGUGGAGUUACCCUUUUGAAUCUCUCUCUAGUGUUCCAACAAAGCCUCUGUACUUCACUGAGAGGUACCUGGAUGUGAAGAAAGUAUUGCUCAGCAUAUUCUUUGGUCCUGCAAAAGAGGGAGUAUACAGCCCAUCCGUUCAAAGAACCCUUUAUGACAUGGCUAGGACUGUUCUCAACAGGUUUCCAGAUAUAUCAUCUAUCAAACUAAGAAUGCCAAAUCUUCAUUUCUUACCAGUUAAUAUAUCAAGCAAGGAUAAUCCAAGCAUUGUUAAGUUUGAUGAUGAUGUUUAUAGACCAACAGAUGAACCGCAUGGAACAAUUGAAGCAAGUUUGAGCCGCUCCUGGUCCAGGAUGUAGAAGCUAGUAUGAGUAGUAUCAUUGGCUUGUGCUAUAACAAGCCUGAUACCUGCUCAUAUCUGUGUAUUUACUUCAGUUACAAAACCCACCACCCCUUCUCUUCAGUAAAUUCUGUUUCCAGCUUAUCAGCUAGGACUUCAUUUAUUCUUACACUGCAAACCUGACUUUGUAUAAAGACUCAAGAAGAUGAGGGUACUUAAUAAAGGUGGAGCUUUUAUGUGAA